AUGAUGUCUUCCCAAACGCUGCUAGAAAAUUUUGAUGAGCAAGCUAGUUCCUCCAACCAGCCAAUGAAUGAAGAAGAAGAAGCUGCUGGUCAUUCAAGUAAUUCAGAUGAAAGAAAAGCAUUUGAAGCAUUACUAGCAGAUGCUAAUGAAGAGCUUUACGAGGGAUGUACUUCAUUCUCAAAGCUAUCUUUUAUGCUGAAGUUAUAUCACAUCAAGAGUAUCUGCAAGAUUAGUGACAAGGGUUUAUCAAUGAUAAUUGAUCUUCUAAGGGAAGCGUUUCAGAAUGCAAAACUGCCUGCUUCACUGCAUGAUUUAAAGAAGACCAUUCAGAAACUUGGACUAGACUAUGAGUCUAUACACGCUUGUCCGAAUGAUUGUAUGUUGUUUUGGGGAGAAGAUGCAGAGCGAGAAGUGUGCAAGGUUUGUAAUGUAUCAAGAUGGAAAGGCAAAAGCACAGAGGGAGUGUCAGAGAAACCGAGGAAGUGUCAGGAAGAAAAGAAAGAAGAUAAGGCAAGCUGCUAA